GGCGCGGCGAAAGGGGCCAGGGUGGGGAGGGGCCCGCCUUCCAGGGAGGCUGCCUUCCUGGAGUUCAGAGUCGGAGAAGAUAGAUGGCAUGCCCACCGCACUUCUCAGUUUGCUUUUCCAUCCCUUAACCCUUUGCCAGCUUUACAACAGUCAGAGCAGGAACGGUUAUCCCCGUUUUGCACACAGAGCACAAAUGCCCGUCCAGCCCCCAAGCAAGGACACAGAAGAGAUGGAAGCAGAGGGCGACUCAGCGGCUGAGAUGAACGGGGAGGAGGAAGAGAGUGAGGAGGAACGGAGUGGCAGCCAGACAGAGUCUGAGGAGGAGAGCUCCGAGAUGGAUGAUGAGGACUAUGAGCGACGUCGCAGCGAGUGCGUCAGUGAGAUGCUAGACCUGGAGAAGCAGUUCUCGGAGCUGAAGGAGAAGUUGUUUAGGGAGCGACUGAGCCAGCUGCGGUUGCGGCUGGAGGAAGUGGGAGCUGAGAGAGCCCCCGAGUACACGGAGCCUCUGGGGGGGCUGCAACGGAGCCUCAAGAUUCGCAUUCAGGUGGCAGGCAUCUACAAGGGCUUCUGUCUGGACGUGAUCAGGAAUAAGUAUGAGUGUGAGCUGCAGGGAGCCAAGCAGCACCUGGAGAGCGAGAAGCUGCUGCUGUAUGACACCCUGCAGGGGGAGCUGCAGGAGCGGAUCCAGAGGCUGGAAGAGGACCGCCAGAGCCUGGACAUCAGCUCGGAGUGGUGGGAUGAGAAACUGCACGCCAGAGGCAGCUCCAGGACCUGGGACUCCCUGCCACCCAGCAAGAGGAAGAAGGCACCGCUUGUCUCCGGCCCAUACAUCGUGUACAUGCUUCAGGAGAUCGACAUCCUGGAGGACUGGACAGCAAUCAAAAAGGCUAGAGCAGCUGUGUCCCCUCAGAAGAGAAAAUCAGAUGGACCCUGACCUUGCUGUUCCCAGCCAACGGGUCCCUCGGAGCGGCUGGCACCAAACCCAAGACUCACGUUUUCCUGCUGCAGAAAGGUGGACUGACAGGCCCCUCAGAUCUGCCUGGCGGCCCGUGGGCUCUACAGGGCUGUGGCCGGGCUCCCCAUCCAGCACCACCUGCCUCAGUUCUUUCUCUGCCCUCCACAGGGGUGGCCACCACUGUGGGCCUGGGGCUGACCUGCACAGACCAGACUCUCUCUCUCUCCCUAGCCAGCCCGCCGCCCCCUCCCAAAGACCACCCUCCUCCGUCCUCCCCAACAAAGAAAAGAUGCCUCAUUUAAGCCAAACGGCAUCUUCCUGCUGACCUUGGGCCCUGAUCAACAGCCCUGAGCUGGGCUCCACUGCCUAGGGAUUCAGAGCCAUAAAUUAUAUUUGAGGGGCUCUGUCCUGGCAGGAGGUGGAGAUGAGAAGCCAGGCUCCCCAGGUUUUCUCAGGGUGUCUCUUCGUGUCUGCCCCCCAGAUGGUGGGGACUGGAAUUAAACCUUUCCUGGGAUUCUA